AUGGCCGAGGAUAAGCACAAGUUGUUUGUUGGCAGCUUACCGCCAGACAUCACGGAUGAUGAGAUCAAGACCGCCUUCGGGACGUAUGGCAACGUCCUGGAACACCACAUCAUGCGAGGUAAGUCCACUUCCGGGCAGGCCUGCGCGUUCGUGGUGUACGACAGUAAACCGUCUGGCGACAGCGCCAUCAGCGGCAUGGACAACGCGCUCACUUUGAGAGAGGGAGGGAACCCAAUCCGGGUGUCCUGGGCGAAGAAUCAGCGAGGUGGCGGCGGCUUCUCCGGAGGUGGAGGAGGCUGUGGUGGAGGCUUCGGCGGUAGCUGCGGAGGCGGUGGGUAUGGCGGCUGCGGAGCCUCCUAUGGUGGCUUCGGUGGUGGCUGUGGAGGCUGCGGCGGCUUCGGAGGCUGUGGCUGUGGUGGAUGCGGUGGCUGCGGUGGCUGUGGCUGUGGCGGCUGCGGCUUUGGAGGAUGCGGAGGCUGCGGCGGUUGCGGGGGUUGCGGUGGCUGCGGCCCUGGGGGCUGUGGCUGCGGCGGCUGCGGCUGUGGCGGCUGGGGUGGCGGCUGCGGUUGCGGCGGUGGCUGUGGCAAAGGAGGCCAGUGGCAAGGAGGUGGUGGCCAGUGGCAAGGGGGCGACGGUGCCGUGGCCAAAGCGAAGCUUUUCGUCGGGAAUCUCCCGCCGGACAUCACACCUGAGGUUCUGACACAAGUCUUUGGGACUUAUGGCAAUGUCGUCAACGUCCACGUCAUGGCCGGCAAGUCCAAGAGCGGUCAGAGCUGUGCAUUUGUCGAGUACUCCAACACCACAGAAGCAGAAACUGCCGUUCUGACGCUUCACGAGAAGUAUGAGAUUCGCCCAGGAGAUGGGCACAUCCUCGUGAAAUUUGCGCAGUCUGGCAGUGCUCGCCCGGGCCCGCUGGGUAUUAGUGACUUCAUGACGGAUGGCAAGGGUCUGAGCGGUCUACGGAGCUCCCAAGCGCUCAUCUCAAGCUCACUUGCAGAGGUCGACGGGAACCUGGCUGAGGGGUGCCUUGUCCUGUUCGUCCAUGGCUGGAGCAUCUCUGUGCACUGGGCUGAAGGGGAGGACGGAUACGACGAGAAGGAUAAGGGGCCACUGGUCUACCAAGAGAGCAAGCUCUUCAAUAGCGAGACUUUCCUGAUCAACGUAUACGACCAUACGAAGCGGCGGGCAGUCACUUUCGAAACUUAUGGCCUGGAGACGCAGGAUCAGUUUCACAUCCAGUACAGCUACCAGGACUUCGAUGGACUCUUUCGCUUCAAUGCCGAGCUGAUGAAUCCCAAUCGGAAAGAAGGCCGAUUUCAUUGGAUUGCGGAGCGGAUGGCCAUUCUCACGGUCGGCAAAGACCGGCAGCUGAAGCUGCAGCCGGAGCCGACGCCAGAGGUGCCGGAGCUUCCCAUUUAUGAGACGGUGCGAAAGAUCCCCACGGGACGCAUGGACUUGAAAGAGCGUCAAAGGCUGCGCGAACAAAUGGACAUGCUAGACAUCAAGCGCAAUGAGAACAUUGCGAAGCGAAAGCAGGAGUCCAGACAGAAGUUUCUGCAACAUGUCUUCUGGCUGAAGGAGGAGGACAAGAGGCUCAAGCGGGAGCAUCACGAGAAGCUCGAAGCCGAGCGCACUCGUCGAGUCCAGAUGAAGGAGGAGCUCGAAAGAAGACAAAAGGAGGCGAGCCGCCUCGAGAAGGAGCGACAGCGACAGCGCCGGAUUGCCGUCGAGGCAAAGGAGGAGCGCAUCGAAGAGCGCGAUGCGGAAGACUACAGGCAGCUCCGUGCCAGAUGGAAGAUGCGAGACGCCGAACGAGCCAAGGCGAUCGCAGAGGCCAUCGGGCGCAAGGAGCUUGACCUUGCGGAGCUGCGAAAGAAGCAGGCCGAGGAGAAGAAGGAGGCGGAAGAGAUCAUGCGAAAGCGUCAGGGUGCCUGGGACGCCCGAGAGGAGCGAAUUCGCCGAAAAAGCCAAGCAUGGCUAAAAGCAGUCCUCGAAGUCAAGGCUGAACGGCUGCGUAUGGCCAAGAUGAUGCAGGAGCGAAAUCAGGAGUACCUGAAUCUGCUCCAUAGCCUCCGCCAGCCGAUCUUCGAGGCGCAGCUGAAGAGGAUGGAAGAGCGCAAGUUGGCUGCAGAGGCCAUUGCCCAGUCGACCGCCGCGUACCACGAGAAGCGUGCUGUACCGAAGAAGGUCAAGAAGAAGGGCAAGAAUGCGCAGAAGGACGACAUGUCCAAGGAGGGCAACAAGCGGUCUAGCCGCACUGGUGUCCAGGAGUCUGGCAAGUCAGACACGGACAAAGUCCUUGACGCUGUGGAAGCCAAGAUGCGCGCUGAAAUGGAAGAGCAGCACCGACGAGCAAAGUUCGAGAGACUGCGUGACAAGCGCAUCAAAGACCUCCAGGAGGCUCGAAAGCAAAAGUGUGCCGCCCACAUGGCUGCCGUCGGCUCGGACUGGUCUGAUUUUGCAUGUAAAGUAUUUCAGACGCAACGCGGCCUCCGGCAAGUUGGCAUGGAGGCUUUCGAGCUGGACUCAGAGCCAUCAGAACCUUCAGCACGGCGUCGGAGCCUUGUGCUGGACAGCGAUGGCUCCUUCCAUUCUGGCCAGGCGGCUUCCGCCGGCAGUGCGCCUGGGGCUGGAAGCAGCUUCAGUGCUUACGCCAACGCGACGAACACCAUCCUUGGAGCUGGGACUCUGGCUGUGCCGAUUGCGAUGAGCAGCGCAGGACUUGUCUCCUACGAGCUGAUCACGCUCUUCGUGGUGUUUGUGAACUUCACGACGGUGAACUGGCUGGCCACGGUUUCCGACCAUCUGCCGAAAGGGAUGCCACGCAACUACGAAGGCAUCUCUCGUAAGUACCUUGGAGCGGCUGCGUCCCACGUAAUCUCUCUUGUCUUCAUUUUCGGCAGUCUUGCCCUGGGCAUGUCGUACAUGCUCUUCACGGCACAGUCGCUGGCACCCAUCUUGGCCGGCUGGAUGUCACCAUCUCAUGAGCUUCCCAGUGAAUCAGAGGUGAGUCACCUGUCUCGGAUACUUCUUUGGGGCUUGGGUCUUGGGGUGGUGCUACCUCUAAGCCUGUUGCGCGACAUUUCGAAGCUGAAGUUCACCUCGACUGCAGCGAUCUUUGCCUUGGCCUAUGCUGCUGGAUUCAUCGUCUUCUGCAACUUGGAAGCACUCGCAGCACAGCCCAGAGCCGGCAAAGGCUUCCAGUUUGUCAAUGUGCACUCGGACUUCUUUCUCAGCUUGGCCAUGACGACUUCCAACUUUUCUUGCCACAUCUCGGCGAUUCCCAUCUACGAGUCCCUAGCUUCUAGAAAUGCUGAUAUAAUGAAGAGGGUGGUGGCUUUGGCAUUAGGGACUUCCGGGCUCUUCUACCAAGUGGUGGGGCUUACCAGCUACUGUCGCUUCGGCCGAUUGGAAGCUGGCCAGGGCAACAUUCUGGAAGUGGUGGCCGAGAGUAUUAGCCUCCUGGAAACGCCUUUGAGAUUCACACUGGUAUCUCUGGCCAGUGCCGGCGUCGCGUUCUGCCUGGCUUUUUCCAUGCCGGUGGUAAUGUGGGCUCUUCGUUCUGUCAUCCUGAGCUACUACCAAGCGGCAUGUGCUGCAAUGGCACGCAGCGCAGGGCUCCCGGCAGAGGACGUCUCUGAGGUUGAAAAUGGCGAACCCUCAAUGCUGGAAUGGUGCAUUGCUACAUCCUUUCUCAUGGUGGUGAUUCUCACUCUUGCCACGCUGGUCCCGGAUGUCCAAGUGAUCAUGUCAUUAGGCGGAUCACUUGGAGGUACUUUCAUUGCAUUUAUGUACCCGGCUUUGUUCCACCUGACGGUUGUUAAGAAAGUGCGAUCGGCGCGCCAGAUGCUGCGGCUGGAGCACGGUGCAGAGCUCGGAGUCAUCGGCAUGAGCAUUCUCUACGGCAUUCUCUGUCUGUCAAUUUCGCUGAGACAAGUGUACAAGGAGUUUCUGGAGUCUUCUGAGCUCGAGCCCCCUGUGACAGAAGUGCGGGAAGCAUACCGAAAGAAGAAGUUCGAAGAGGAGCAGAAGGCAACUGAACGACGGCUGAUUCAGAAGGAGAGAGAGGCUGAAAUCCAGGCGUCCGCGGAGAAGAAGAAGCAGGACCUGGAACGCCUCCAACGCUUGCGUGACCAGAACAUCCUCCGCAAGGAGAAGGAGCGCAUCGCCCGUCUGGCGGCGAUGGUUGUGUGGGCUGUGCCCAGAGAUGGCAUGGUCCGACGAUCUCCCUUCCAGCAGGUUUCCGUGCGGUUGCAUGCUCAAGACAUCCCUGCGACUCAGAGAGUCCCGAAUUCAGCGCCGAAAGACGCGGCUUUCCAAGUUAUUUUCAACAAGCAAAUCAGCGAGCAUGUGGCAUUUGCCGGGAGGGAGUCUGAUGUGGAGGUCUACGAAGCAAAGCAGGAUCAUUGGAUAGGCGCAUCAUGUGAUGUGAUGGCGGAGAAAGCAAAUGGCGGCAACGCCGACGAGGAGGAAGCGGUUAUUGAAUCCGAUAUCAACUUGCAGCAGCAGCUCUUCGCCCUGUUGGCUCCUCAUCGGAAGGUGGAGCCGCGGGACGAGGAAGGCAACAGUGGUGCGUUGCUGGAGCUGGUGGCUGAGACCCCGGCGAGCGAGCGGGAUGCCAAGGCCGUUCGGGAGGAGGUGCCAAGAGGUCGAGGGGCAGAGGCUUCUCUAACACCGAGCUGUGUCGUGGAGCUGAAUGCUCCGCGACAAGAAGCGGUGCCGGAGAACGAUGCAGACGGCGACACCGAGCCCGAGUCGAAGAGUUUGUCGGAACCUUCUGAAGAUGGCCUGGCCCAGUUCGAAGACGAAGACACGGAGGAGGAGGAGGACGCCUGCAUGGAGGAGGUCAUGGCGCGGCCCGUGGAGGUGGAGGAGCUGCCGAGAAAGGCGCCCGCGGCGCCCGUGAUCCCAGAGUUGCCGCCCAGGCUGAAGCUCCUGAAGCAGCUGAUAGAGGCGCCUGGGGGUGCUUGCGAGGCGGCCCAGAUGACCUAUCAGGAUUUCUUGCGACGGCUUUGUCAGCGCGCUGCUGAGAAUGGCCGAAGCGAUGCCGCCCGCAGCAAAGUGUCUUUCAGUAUGAAGACCACUCCGGUGAUGCGAUUCGCCACUUUUGCACGGCAUCGUCGCCUACACGGUCCGGUGGUGGAGGGGUCAAUCGUGGUCGAUGACGAUGACGAUGCAGGCAGCCGUGACCAAGACGAAAAGGUGCCCAUGGCGCCGCUCCCGAAGGUUGCCGAGCCCGGGCGCCCCGAGGCUCCGACGGAGGCCAGGAAGGAGCUGGAUGCAGCAUACAAGGCACCGACGGCUUGCGUGGCGUUGCUGCGCCAGUACUUCAGCCAGGAGCGCUUCCUGGGAGUGUUGAACGGUGCUUUGAUCUUCGAGGCUGACGGAGUCCAAUACCCUUUGCAGACUGUGACACCAAUCCGCUGCACCCCUUCCACGAGCUCAGAGCUCCUUAGCCUUGGGUCACUUUUUGCCGCGGCCAUUCUGCAGGACAAGUAUGAAGGGCAUGCGACGCCGGCUUUCCUGAAAAGAUUUGAAGCUAAGAAGCUUCGGUCUGCCCAUGCGCAGAUUCUGUCUGCCUAUCUGUCGGGCAGGACCGACAGCUGCAGCUUACUCUUGAGCCGUGCGAAGACCCAGAAGGCUUCCGAAGCUCGGCCUUCCUUGCUGAACGAGGAGGCUUUGGGCGGCCGCUGUAAGUCAGCGACGAAAGCUCCGAUGCCAGUGGAAGAGUUGCGAUCUCUGCCCGGACAGGCGCUUUGCAGCACCGGUUUCAGAGAUCUCCAGAAUGGGGAGCACUGGAUGUCGCAGAUGUACCCGUGCAACAGCUGCGCAGCUCUGGAAGUGUUACACCGACAGAUGCCAUCCCCGCGACUUGAUGGCCUGGAUGCACCGCGCUGGAUUGCAUCCGCCCACAUCGUGAUUUUCCAUUACUACCAGUCAACCGGUGUCAGGUAUUUCGAGUUCGGUGGCCUUUGGACACAGUUCUUCUUCAUACUGGGAGGUUUCAUCUUGUCCUACACUGAAAUCUCAAAACCACAAGGAGGCAGCACUCCCACCGUGGUGCAAUACCUCCAGAAGCGACUUGUGACCAUUUACCCGCUUCACUUCGCAACACUGUUGAUGUGUGUCUUAGACCGUUCCGAGCGAAGCCUCUUCGAAUGGUGCUGUUUGCCGUUGAAUGCUCUGCUGCUUCAGUCGAUCGUCCCAAUCUGCUACGAGAACACGUGUGCUUCCUACAUGUACAACGGCGUGAGCUGGUUCCUCUCGCCCUUGCUGGUAUACUGGAUCUGUGUCCGUCCCCUUUCGCGCCUAUUUCGAACAACAUCGCUGAGUACAUGCAUGAUCUGUCUCGCAGGUUGCUGGCUGUGUUCACUUCUUCCUUUGGCUUUGUACCCCGAUGAGAACAGCGGUGGUUCGGAGUAUGCGCGACUGGUCCUUUCGAACCUGGUGCAGGCGACACCGAUUGCUUACUUCCACGUGUUCCUGUCCGGAGUGGUGGCUUCUCGCAUCUUCGUCCUUCUCUGCUGUGUGGACAAAGAAACAGGACUGCCGCCGUCGGAAGGAACAAAGGAUCUAGUGCUCGACACGGAGCGGGCACCAUUGGUGCUCAGAUACGGCUGCAUGCUCGGAUACCUCCUGUGGGCCGGGUUGGUCAUCAGUUGGUCCUUCUUGGAACCUGGUAUCAGCAACGGGCUUCACCAUGGAAAAGUGUAUUGGAUGUUUCACAACGGGGGUUUGAUCCCGAUCCUGGUGCUCAUCCUGCUGGGCUGUGGGCUAGGUGAGGAUCCCUUGGUGAAGCAUCUCUUCCGCACGCACGUGUUCCGCAUCCUGGGACGGAUCUCAUAUUCCCAGUAUCUCUUGCAGGAUCCGGUUUCUUCAUUCUUGGCCUUCUACCUUAUCCCGGACCGCCACGGACCAUGGGGCCACAAUCCCAUACCAGAUAAGUUCCUCACUGUGUACCCCUUUGUGCUGUUGCCGUCGGCGUACUUCAUUGAGAGCUACUUUGUUCAGCCCUACGUCCUUUGGCUCCGGCACCAGCUCAAGGAACCGAGCUCCAACUGCUCUGACUGUGGUCUGGGAUGCAGAAGGUGGUGUUCAGCACUCUUCGAAGUUUUCCCGCAUAGACGGAAGAAAGACCCGGAGUCCGUGCUCGGCGUUGACCCACAAUGCCUGGCAGCCGUUGCAGAGAGUGCAGAGGACUCCGCCCAGGAGGCCAUCAAUGCCAUCGAGCCUCAGUACCACAAACGUGUUGUGGUCGUACCCGAUUACGAACGCAUGCAGAUGGAGGAGGAAGAGGUCUCUGCCUCUCAAAGCAAUGGCAGCCAAAGCAACGACGAAGAGUCAGGUUCAGGCUCGGGCGAGUCGACAGUCGUUGGCGAGAGUGGAGAGUGGAGCGAUGCGGAGCGGCAGAGCGGCUUGGGAGUCGCGGAGGCCGAGGAGAGCGAAGAGGAGGAGGUCCUGUUCACGUCGGAGAGCGAGUCCUCAGAGGCGUCGACGUCGGUGGCGCCAACGCCCAAGGCGGAGCCCAAGGCGCCGAAGGCCAAGGCGGAGGCGCCAAAGCCAAAGCCGAGAGACGCAGCCGCGGCCGCGGCCGCCGCGCCUACGCCGCCAGCGCCGAAGGCCAAGGCUCCCCAAGCGAAGGCGGAGCCCGGCAAAACGAAGGCGAAGAAAGCGGAGACGGAGACGGAGGCGGAAACUCCCAAGCCGCAGCAAGCGGAGCCGCCCCCUUCGAAGCUGCCAGCGGAAUCGGCAGAAAGGGCGAAGGCCGAGCCGAAGCAGGCGAAGCCGGUCCCCGUGCCGGAGCCGCCGGAGCCGCCGGAGCCCAAGGCCGAGCCGAAGCCGAAGCCGCCGGCACCGCCGGCACCGGCGGCGGCUGCCGCGGCAGGAGAGCUGGCAGCGGCCCAGCCCCAGCCGAAGGCGACGAAGGAGCUGCCAAAGCAGCAGACUCCGAAGCCUCCGAUGGCUCCGAAGAAACCAGAGCCAAAAGCGACUCCGAAGCCGGAGCCUAAGGCCAAAACGGUGGCAAAGCCGAAGGCGCAGGCUCCAAAGCCCAAAGUGCCAGCUGCAACGGAGAAGGAACCGAAAGCAGCCACGCCAGCAACGCAACCAAGCGUCGGUGCUGGAAAGAAUGGGGAAGAGAUGGAGAUGAGGCUGCGUGUGCUGAAACGCAAGCUGCUGGGAGACUCUGCUGUGGCAGCAACGACCGCUGUGGCGAAGCUCCAAGCGAGGCUUCUAAGGCUGAAGGCGGAGGAGCAGAAAAUCGCACUGACCACCGAGGAACUGGAGGCGCAGUUGGGAUGCGUGAAGGCCGAGCUGGAGACGGCUUUGGCCAAGCGGCGAAAAUGCGAGGAGGAGUUCGGCUCUCACGACCGACUCAAGGUGCUCGAAGGCCGUCCGGGCCCGCAGUACCUCGAAAGGCUCUUCGGCAAUCUGGCAGCAAUGUUCGUCGGACAUGCAGCGGGGCAAGUGCUCCAGUUCCCUGCAAAGUUGAGAGGUCACGAGGCAGAUAGACCGAUGGAGCGGGACGCGUCGAAGCCACCGGCCAGGCGGCGACGCAUCGACUGGGCAGCAAAGUCGCAAGCGUGGCAAGAGACCCUCAUCCCGAGUGCCGCUUCGACAUGCUCGGAGAGGAGAGAGCUGGCGCUGCCUGUUCAAAACGAGGACCUCACUCACCUCGCAGCUUCGCAGGCACGGCUGCUGCCUGCUUCGCCCAAAGUGGCGCUUGCCAGCUGCACACGCGGGUGCCGGCCAGCACGGCUGCGUGAAUGGCUUUUCUGGCAUUUGGCGAAGGGCAUCCGGCUCGUUCUUCUUCGCUGGGAGGGUGCAAUGGGCCCAGAACAAGAGGAGGUCAUCCGCGACCUGCGCGACAGCGGCUGCUUGAUCCUGCUGGAGUCCUCCUUGCAGGGCAAAGCGUCGAGCAGCUUCCAACGUGUUAUGACGCGUCAGAUCAGGUUUGUGCACAAAGCCAUUCGGGCAGCUCGAGCCCGGAGAUGCGACUUCCUGCUUCAUCUCGAUGAUGACGAGCUCCUCUUCCCAGAGACCGGCAGCAUCCCCGUGCUGCUGCGACAAUACGUGGGAAGCAGCAAGAGGUGUCUGCACUUCGAGAACCUCGAGGCAGUCUUUCCCUUCGACCUUCAGACAGACUGCCCCUUCUCGCGGCGCCUCACGCGCUUCAGGCCCUCUGUUUCAGAGAAACCACAAGAGGAGAUUCGGGACAUGGACUCGACGUGA